AUGAGUGACGAUGAUUUGGACCUUAAUGAGGAGGAAUUCCUCAUGUCAACGAGACAGCGGCGUUCUAAUGCUGGUAAUAAGAUGAAGAAGCUUUUGGAACAAGAGUUGGAAGACAUGCAAUCUAGAACUGAGCGAUUAGAGGAGGACGAGGUAGAUCUGUUGUUUAAGGAAGAAGGCGAUGAUGAAGACUUUGAAUCAGAGGCUAGCGGUGACAAUGAGAAUGAAUUUGGACAGAAUUUGGAAGAAACUGGCGGUGGUGACGCCGAUGAGAUGUUUAGUGAAUCAGAAGAAGAACCUGGCGACCAGGAAGAGGAUAACGAAGAAGGUGAGAAGAAUCUACGAAGACAGGAGAAAUUGGAAAGUCGAAAACGCAAGAGGAGGACUCCCGCUGUCAUCAAGAGGAAGCGUCCCAAAUCUGACACUGAGGAUGUAGCCGCUAAACAAGAGCAAGAAGAAAAAAAGAAAGCCCAAUAUGAACAGAUAAAGGCGGAAACUCUGUUGAUUACCAAUAGACGUACCUCACAAAGAUCUUCCGUAGUGGCUAAUAAGCUGAAAGUUUACGAGAAAUUGUCCAAAGCUGAAAAGAAGAGAAAAGUAAUCCAAGAUAGAAUUAAAAAGCAUAAGGAAUCCCAGAAGGAGGAAAUACUGACACAAGAGGAUCGUAUACGAAUUGCUCUAGAAACCGAAAAAUUCAAUAUCUUGAGUUUAGAUAAAUAUAAGGAACAGGAAAUAUCGAAGAAACAAUCGAGAAUUGCACUACAACAGCGCCAAAAGAUGAAAUUUAAACCUGGAGAGACUGUUCUAAGACAACUGAGCUGCACAUGGCAGGUAACUCCAGCUAAUGAAAUAGAAGAUGCCAAAUAUUGGGAGGAACAGUUGAAGAGGAGGGAAAAGAAAACAAGGAGAUAUACUAGGAGACCUCAUAAAAAGAAGAACUUGGAUCCUAAGGAGGAGGAAAAUGGAGUGAAAGUGAAGGAAGAGGUACACGAAGAAAGUGCAUUGAAAGACACAAAUGAUACGGGUAGCCAACUUCAAGUCGCUACUAGCAUUACAACGCCUCUUGAACCUAAUGAGAAGGUUUCCAUGCAACCCAGGGAAGAGAAAGAGUCUGUUAAACCUGUGCAGGGCACAGAGACUCUUACCGAAGAAGGCGAAAAGGACAAAUCUGUAGCGACAAACACUGAGGAUGAUAAUAUGGAAAAGAAAUCCACAAAGGAGCCGUCACCGCCUCUUAACGAAUCUAACUCCGAAAAUGCUUCCGGUGAACAGAGGGGAUCUGAUACCCAAUCUACUCCAGAGGAUGGUUCUUCACUUAAACUAGAAGAGGACAUUCAAGCUAUGAGGGAAGAAAAGAAGACCGAACUUACUGCUGAUGAAAUCAAAGAAGCUACUCCACCACAAUCUGCGAAUGAAGUAGAGGCCCCAUCUGAGAGAGAAAAGUUGAGUACAGCUACGAUAUCGAAACAAGUCCAAUUUGUAGAUGAACCACAGGUGAACAUAAUUGAUUCCAGUGAUAGACCUCUUAGUGCUUCUCCCAACAUGCCGUCACCAACUGAUACCACACAUGAUAAACCCACGCCAGAUUUGAUCGAAGAUGCUGGAAGUGAAGAAGAGUUAGUUUUUGAGGGACCAGAACAAUUAGUAGGUAAAAAUUUCAUCACUUUGUAUUCAUUCCCCACUGAAUCAUACCGUAAUGAUAUUAAUAAAGAACUAUUCGGAGAAAAUUGGGCAAAUGGCUCAAGUCAUAGAUCUUCUGAUGUGGAAACAGUCUGCAAAUUGACAAUGCCUGAAGGGAAAAUUGAUGUUUUAGAAGACACUUCAUUAGCACCUAAUCUUUCGUUCUUGAACAAUUUCCCGGCUUUUGGUGAAUAUGAUAAGAAGGUGGUUCAUGAUGUUGAUUCGACAGCAAAUAAAGAACAUGAAAUUGAAGUGAAAACUGCUCCACCUACUGGUGUUUUCCUUCCAAACGGGUUCAGGAAAAAGUGCUUAAUUUCUAGCAAAGAAUGCCAAUAUUUCGACCCCAAGAACGGUGUACCUUACUCAGAUGUGGAAACCUAUAAGACAAUUCAAGAUUUACAAGAUCCUAUCGGAAGUGGAACCGAAGAGGAGCCCGGACCUCAUUACCGGUGGUUCGGAUUCGGUAAUGGUGGUAUAUAUCUAGACGUUGGUCAAAAACCAGCCAAAGGUGUACCUGAUGGAUUUUAA